CCUUUAACCAAAGAAGAAAAUAAUCGUAGGUUGGUUAGUGGACGGCGCACGGCGUGAGCGAGCAUGUCUACAAUCGGAAAACGAACAACGCAGACGCGAUAACACACAGGAAACGCAACGAAUACGCCAUGUAACUAGGGUCAGUAGCGGCCCCUUUGGAGAUGAAAAUGCACUGUCGACGCGCCCCCUUGACACUAGCAUGAGGCACCGUCUGUAGGGUUUGUUCCAUGGUCCGUCUCCGUUUGUUGUGCUUCGUACGGCCUUCGACAAUCGUCAAUGGGCCACAGGGACGAGUGAGCCGAGGGAGCUCCGGUCGAAGCGCGACUUAAAUGUCAAAAAGCCAUUCUCCGAAGUGGAGCGCAAUCAUAAUAAUGUAAAUCACCACAGCGGUCCGCGAUGGCAACGCAAAAGCCCGGCGAGUGGGCGAACAUCCUCAUCGUCCGCUUCGAGGAGCAGCUACCAUGUCGGACAGGUGGCCAGACCUCACACUCCAGAGUCAAUGAAGAACACAACAAGAACUGCAUCAUCCAGAUCUCGCGCUACAGGUUUGCGUUGAUUCUGGAUGGCUUCGUCAAGGUCCUAAAACGCAUUCAUGAAUCGUAUCAAAUGGGGACGUGCGGCGCACCCAGGCAGCACGGGCCAGAGCUCGAGAAAAACUACUACGACAGUUUACUCAUUGUGCUCGAGACACUCGAGAAAUGCUUUAGCAUACAACCGAAAGACAGUAUUACAUUAACCAUGGAGGAGAAUCAAAAUUUAAAGUCCUUGCUAAAGGAGAUCUGUACCUUCCUGGAUAUGUCUAAUGACAAUCCAACUAUUCACGCCAUCAAAGUCUUGGCCAGUAAGGUGCUGUUUGCGCUCAGCGUCAACUUCUUUAACUCGGUGUUUUCUCGAAUUUCCUCCAAACUGCAAGAGUUGGCCUCCUGUCCGGAUGAGAAUCCUGAUUACAGUGAUAUUGAACUCAUACAGCAUAUCAAUGUUGACCAAACCAGAUUAACACGACUUUUAACAGAAGCGAUACAAAAGUUUCGUCUUCUGAAAAAGUCCGCGCAUCUUGUACUGAUGAACUCUCUGGAGAAAGCAAUCUGGAACUGGAUGGACACGUACCCAUACGAGUUUGCCGAAUUACAGAAAAACCCCAAUGAAGAGUUGUCCAAGUGUUGCGAGCAACUUUUUGAUAUUUUGGACACAUUUGCAGACAACAAGAAAGGCAGAGCUGCUGUGUGGCCCCUACAAAUAAUGCUCCUAAUUUUAUCGCCGAAAGUCCUAGAGGAAAUUGUGAACGCUGACAGUGGAGCGCCAUGUUCCCCAAGACACAAUAAAAAGAAACAAUUCAUCGACUCAGUGAAACGCGCAGUUGUACCUCAUGGUAAUUCCAGUAAACAACUCACCGAAGCCGCGGCUGUUACCUGUGUAAAACUCAUGAAAGCUUCGACUUAUAUUAAUAUCCUAGAUUCGAAUCAUGUGGCUUUUACUUUAGUACAGAGCGUUAUAAAUGAUUUGAAGACUUUGUUAUUCAAUCCAUCGAAACCAUUCUCAAGAGGGCAGAAUUAUCUCUAUCAAGACAUGGAUUUGAUGAUUGACUGUUUCGUUUCUUGUUUCCGCAUCAAGCCUCACAACAACGAUCCGAUUAAAAUUUGUUUGAGUUUAACGUCACCAUCAACCUAUCACUUUGUUCUAGUCAGAUCUCUCUAUAGAAUUGUAACUCAACCAAAGCUGCACUGGUGGCCGAAAAUUGAUCUCGUUUACACCAAAUCCUCAGAAUUACGCGCCAUGUUCACGGACACAUUAAACAAAGUCGCUCAGGGUUACAUAACGCACACACCUCUGCGCAUGAUUCAAUCAUUGACGCAACUUAAAGGUAAAGACUCCCAGGCGAAGUUCAAAGACCGCGCUGAAGAGAUUCCUGGGUAUCGGAAUUUGCUACUUUAUAUGGUGCGGUUAAUACAUGCGGACCCGAUGCUUAUGUUGAACAAUCAAGGUAAGGCUGGUCACGAGAUCCAGAGCUCUACUUUAGAGCUGAUCAACGGAUUAGUCUCAUUGGUACAUCAGCCGACAAUGACAGACGUCGCUCAGGAAGCCAUGGAAGCUCUGCUGGUGUUACAUCAUCCAGAAAAAAUCGAAGUUUGGAAUCCUGAAGCGCCUAUUAACACUUUCUGGGAUGUAAGCUCGCAGGUUUUGUUCUCUAUCUCACAGAAACUGAUACAACACCAGAUUAUGAACUAUACGGAUAUUUUAAAAUGGCUGCGCGAGAUUCUAAUAUGCCGCAAUGCUUUCUUGUCAAGACACAAAGAAUACGCGAAUUUGGGAAGUCAGAUCGCCAUUUGUAAACAGGCGCAUAUCAAACUGGAAGUUGUGUUUUUUAUGUACCUGUGGAGUAUUGACAUGGACGCUGUCUUGGUUGCAAUGAGUUGUUUCGCGUUGUUGUGUCAAGAAGCAGAGAUACGUUGUGGGUCAGACGAGGUGACUGUCACGUACUUGGUCCCAAACUAUCAUGUUUAUCAAGAUUUAGCACAGGCGAGUACAGUUCUCACCACUGCAACCGGUGAGUCAAGAAUGUGUUUCCCAGAACAUGUGAACGGACGCGCUGCACUUCAGAAACGUAUAAUGGUGUUGUUACGUAAAAUAGAACAUUGUGUAAAUGGUGUGCAACCAGCCUGGGAGGAGACUUUCAUGAAUUGGAACUCGAUGUGGAAGAAUCUAGCUUCGUAUCCGAAGGCGAAGGUUGAAGAUGGACAAAUGGAACCGUUUCAUAGAUCCAUGGGUAAGAGGAGAGCAUCUCAUCAGAAUUCCGAGCAUGAGCUGGAGGAACAAAUCAAUGAAUGGGCGAAUAUGACUGGGUUUCUAUGCGCUCUGGGUGGUGUUUGUCUGCAGCGGAAGUCGCCAUCACGGCCGACUUUGACAGGUUCCUCUCACUCAAGUUCUUCUAUCACAAUUAGUUCUUUAUCAUCCGUGAGUUCCUUAUCUGACAGUCGUAAAUCCAGCAGUGUAUUGACAAGUAGCAGUCAAGAACAAAGACAAUAUUGUCCAGUAACACAAUUUGUUGAUCUACUACUGCGAUUACUGGUGUGCAGUAAUGAAAAAUUCGGCGCGCAGAUUCAGAAACACGUAAAGGAACUAGUUGGGCAUGAAAUGUCAUCUGCCCUCUAUCCAAUUCUCUUCGAACAAAUCAAAACAAUCGUUGAUAAGUUCUUUGAUCAACAGGGACAAGUGGUUGUGUCCGAUGUUAAUACUCAAUUUAUUGAACACAUCAUUUUUAUAAUGAAGAAUAUCUUGGAUAGCACUAAAAACGAUCAACCUGCUGAACACCUUGGUGUUACAAGCAUUGAAGGAAUGAUGCUUGCGAUUGUUCGAUAUGUCCGCCAUCUUGAUAUGACCGUGCAUGCAAUACACAUCAAAACAAAACUGUGUCAACUUGUGGAGGCGAUGAUGAAGCGUCGCGAUGACUUGGCAUUCAGGCAAGAAAUGAAGUUCCGAAAUAAAUUGGUUGAAUAUUUGACUGAUUGGGUUAUGGGUACUUCACAUCAAAUCGCACCGCCUAGUUCUGGAGAUGUCACUCUUAUUACAAGAGAUUUAGAUCAAGCGUGUAUGGAAGCUGUGGCUGCGCUGUUAAGAGGUUUACCCUUACAACCUGAGGAAUCUGAUCGUGGUGAUCUAAUGGAAGCAAAAAGUCAACUUUUUCUUAAAUAUUUCACUCUAUUUAUGAAUCUGUUAAAUGACUGCUCGGAAGCUCCGGAUGUUGAUAAAGAUGUCAGCCGGCAGAGAAUCAACGCUGGAAAGUUGAAUACGUUGCGUAAUGCGACCAUUCAAGCAAUGUCAAAUCUUUUAUCUGCUAAUAUUGAUAGUGGAUUGAUGCAUUCGAUUGAUCUAGGCUACAAUCGAGAUUUACAAACACGCGCGGCUUUCAUGGAGGUACUAACGAAGAUUCUCCAACAGGGAACUGAAUUUGAUACACUUGCGGAAACAGUUCUCGCGGAUAGAUUUGAACAAUUGGUACAACUAGUCACGAUGAUCUCAGAUAAAGGUGAAUUGCCUAUUGCGAUGGCUCUUGCGAAUGUUGUGACCACAUCGCAAAUGGACGAAUUGGCGCGUGUUUUUGUUACACUCUUCGACGCUAAACAUCUACUAAGUCCGCUAUUGUGGAAUAUGUUUUAUCGAGAGGUAGAGGUUUCAGACUGUAUGCAAACACUCUUUAGAGGUAAUUCUCUGGGAAGUAAGAUUAUGGCGUUUUGUUUCAAAAUAUACGGUGCUAGUUACCUCCAAACUCUUUUGGAACCAUUGAUUCGCCCGUUGUUGGAUGACACAAACUGCAGUUUUGAAGUGGACCCAGCACGAUUGGAACCGCAUGAAGAUAUCGAGGAGAAUCGACAGAGUCUUAUCAAUUUAACUCAGGUGGUGUUUGACACGAUUGUAUCUUCUGCGGAUAAGUUCCCUCCGCAGUUACGGUCGAUGUGUCAUUGUCUCUAUCAAGUCCUGAGCAAGCGGUUCCCACAAUUUCCACAGAACAACAUUGGAGCGGUGGGCACCGUAAUAUUUCUACGUUUUAUAAACCCUGCAAUAGUAUCACCUCAGGAAAUGGGCAUUGUAACGAAGCAAGUACAACCGGCCGUCAAGCGUGGAUUGAUGUUAAUGUCGAAAAUACUCCAAAACAUUGCGAAUCAUGUUGAAUUUAGCAAAGAACAACAUAUGCUAUCGUUUAAUGACUUCCUACGAGCGCAUUUCGAACAUGGCCGCCGAUUUUUCAUACAAAUCGCUUCGGAUUGUGAGACUGUGGAUCAAACAGCACAUUCGAUGUCAUUUAUCAGCGACGCUAAUGUCCUAGCAUUGCAUAGAUUACUCUGGAAUCAUCAGGAGAAGAUUGGGGAUUAUUUAUCGAGUAGUCGGGAUCACAAAGCAGUCGGAAGAAGACCUUUCGACAAGAUGGCGACGCUGUUGGCGUAUUUGGGACCACCAGAACACAAACCUGUGGAUUCACAUGUUCCUUGCAGUUUGUUGUUUUCAUCCUACGCGCGAUGGAGUUCAAUUGACAUGUCCUCGACCAACUUUGAGGAAAUCAUGGUGAAACACAACAUGCAUGAGAAAGAGGAGUUUAAAUCCAUCAAAUCUUUGAAUAUUUUCUAUCAGGCUGGUACUAGCAAAGCUGGUCAUCCAGUAUUUUAUUAUAUUGCACGAAGAUAUAAAAUUGGCGAAACAAAUGGUGAUUUGUUAAUUUACCAUGUGAUUCUUACACUGAAACCCUUCUGCCAUUCGCCGUUUGAGCUCGUGGUGGAUUUCACACACACAUGUUCGGACAACAGGUUCCGCACCGAGUUCCUCCAGAAAUGGUUCUACGUGCUGCCAGAAGUCGCCUAUGUGAACAUCCACGCCGCCUACAUUUACAACUGCAACAGUUGGGUGCGUGAGUACACCAAGUUUCACGAUCGUAUCCUUGUUCCCUUGCGUGGCAAUCGCAAGAUGAUUUUCAUCGAUGCGCCGAACCGCCUAAAUGAAUUCAUCGAACUUGACCAGCAGAAACUCCCAGGCGCUACGCUGAGUCUUGAUGAAGACCUGAAAGUCUUUAACAAUGCGCUGAAAUUAUCGCACAAAGAUACAAAGGUUGCAAUUAAGGUAGGCCCGACGGCGAUUCAGAUCACCUCGGCUGAGAAAACCAAAGUUUUAUCACACUCUGUUCUUUUGAAUGAUGUGUAUUACGCGUCGGAGAUCGAAGAAGUGUGUUUAGUGGACGAUAAUCAGUUUACGUUGACUAUCGCGAAUGAGAGCGGACCGCUCAGUUUCAUUCAUAACGAUUGUGAUAGCAUCGUUCAGGCGGUUAUCCACAUCAGGAAUCGCUGGGAACUUAGUCAGCCAUUUUUGCAGGAUACCGUCACGGUGCAUCAAAAAAUUCGGCCUAAAGAUGUUCCUGGCACUUUGCUGAACAUGGCUUUAUUAAAUUUGGGCUCCUCGGACCCGAAUCUGCGCACGGCCGCCUACAAUCAGCUGUGCGCAUUGACUGCAACGUUUGAUCUCAAAAUCGAGGGCCAGCUGCUCGAAACUUCCGGCCUGUGCAUCCCCUCGAAUAAUACGAUAUUUAUCAAAACGGUGUCGGAAACACUCGCGACAAAUGAACCGCAUUUGACGCUGGAGUUUCUCGAGGAGUGUAUACAGGGUUUUCGCGUUUCUAGCAUCGAGUUGAAGCAUUUGUGCUUGGAGUACAUGACACCAUGGCUUGCGAAUUUAGUAAGAUUUUGCAAGCCAGCAGACGAGAACAAACGCCAAAAACAAGUCGCACAAAUUCUAGAAAAACUAAUAACGCUCACAAUUCAAGAGGUUGAAAUGUACCCGUCGAUCCAGGCGAAGAUCUGGGGCUCGAUCGGUAACGUGCCUGAACUCAUCGAUAUGGUGCUCGACAAUUUCAUUCAUAAAUCAGUCAGUUCCGGUUUGGGUUCCCCAAUGGUGGAAAUAAUGGCGGACACUGCAGUUGCGCUUGCAUCCGCGAAUGUACAACUGGUAGCGAAGAAGGUAAUUGGUCGACUGUGCCGAGUUGUGGAUAAAACAUGUCAGUCGCCGACGCAAUUGUUGGAGCAGCACAUGAUGUGGGAUGAUAUUGCAAUCCUCGCGCGAUACUUGCUCAUGUUGUCGUUCAACAAUUGCCUGGAUGUGGCGCGCCACCUUCCGUACCUGUUUCACACCGUGACAUUCCUCGUCUGCUCGGGGUCGCUCAGUAUGCGUGCGUCUACCCAUGGCCUGGUGAUCAACAUCAUUCAUUCGUUAUGCACGUGCACAAAACCGUCAUUCUCAGAGGAGACGCAGCGUGUGUUGCGUUUGAGCUUGGAUGAAUUCUCUCUGCCAAAGUUUUAUUUGUUGUUUGGCAUCAGUAAGGUGAAGUCUGCUGCUGUCACAGCUUUCCGUUCGAGUUACCGCAAUCCGAGUGACCGAUGGUUCGGAGAGAGGAGUUUUUCAGGUGCAUCUGGAGAUAGAGAACGAUUAUCUCUGACUUCAUUGGAGGUCAUCACAGAUGCGCUAUUGGAAAUUCUAGAGGCUUGCAUGAGGGACAUCCCUGAAUGCGACUGGUUAAACAGUUGGAUGUCGCUGGCCAAGGGUUUCGCAUUUUGUUUCAAUCCAGCGCUACAGCCGCGUGCGCUUAUUGUAUUUGGAUGUAUUAGCAAAAGCGUCACAGAUCAUGAUAUGAAGCAAUUACUGCGUAUUCUCGUGAAGGCACUAGAGAGUUUCAACGAUAUGGUGUUAAUUGAAGCGUUAGUUAUGUGUUUGACCAGAUUACAGCCAUUACUGCGAUCGGAAUCACCGAUUCACAAAGCGUUGUUCUGGGUGGCUACAUCGGUACUACAACUUGACGAAGCGUCAUUGUACGCUUCCGGUUUAGCAUUACUUGAACAGAAUUUGCAUACUUUGGACUCACAAGGAGUGUUUGAUGAAACUUCUCUAGACCAAGUCAUGAUGCAAACCAGAGAGAAGCUGGAAUGGCACUUUAAGCAACUGGAUCAUGCGGUGGGACUUAGCUUCAAGGCGAAUUUUCAUUUUGCUUUGGUUGGACACCUACUAAAAGGUUUCCGGCAUCCAACACCGACAACAGUAUCACGGACCGUGAGGGUUCUUACUAUGUUAUUGGGUAUUAUUGCCAGGCCUCAUCGAAAGGAUAAGUUUGAAGUUACUCCUGACAGCAUUGCUUAUUUGACGGCAUUGGUAGGGGUUUCUGAAGAGGUACGCAAUCGAUGCCAUAUGAAACACUCGUCACCACGCUAUAUGGAUCCGAUGGUACAAGAAGCUUUCAUGCCUGAUUCAACUGCGAAUCCUGCAGGUGCAGGUGCAACCCAAGCUGGGGGUAAUGUUAACCGCCGUCAAAAAUCUUGGGACAUGUUGGAUCAGACAGCGAUUGCACAGGCGGCAACAGCACGCCACAAACCCACCGCCGCACAACAUCAGGUCGAGCGCGCGGCGAAUAAAGCAUGGCGCAGCCUUGAUCUGACGCAUUCGGCCGGCGGCGGCCAUCACGCGAACGGCGGCGAACGCACCACGUACGGCAGUCGGCGGUCAAGCUCGGUGCCGAUGCAAGAGAGCCCGCCCGUUAGCGUACCCAAAGCGCGAAGCGCACGAGUUUCAGUAAGCAACGAAAACAACAUCCUGUUGGAUCCGGAUGUGCUGACGGACUUUUCCACACAAGCAUUGGUAUUGACUGUGCUUGCCACCCUUGUGAAGUACAGCACGGACGAGGCGGAAACACGCAUCUUGUAUCAGUAUUUGGCCGAAGGGGCCGUUGUCUUCCCGAAAGUAUUUCCGGUUAUAUACAACUUGUUGGAUAUGAAAAUCAAUAACGUACUGACAUCAUGCCAUGACCAAGUAAUUUUAAGCUCUGUACGUAACAUUAUCCAGAAUAUGAUCGCAUGCGAGGACACCAGUCAACAGCAAUUGCACUAUCUGCAAAGUUGCGGAUUUGGAGGCUUGUGGAGAUUUGCUGGACCAUUCAACAAGUACAACAACACGGCGGAGAGCAGCGAGCUGUUUGUGAAUUGUCUCGAGGCGAUGGUUGAGACCUGUUUACCCAUUGAGGAGUCCGAGGGUGAAAACGGCGAGAUGCAGCAGUACCCGUCGAUGCUAAGCGUCAGCUCCAACAUGAAUCUCUCAUCGAGUCUCUCCAGUCUGACGCUUGGAUCACCCACGGAGAAAGAAAUCAGUCGCGACCUGGAGAUGGGCACCUCCACGUCGCUGGGGCGCGCUACUUUUACAAAGCAGCGCAGCCUCAAGUCGAAACUGGCGGCCACCGGCGCCGACGCUUCGCCCACGCACAAAACAUAAUAUUUUUCGAUAUUCGAUUGCAUCGUGUCAAACAUUUCCCUCAUCCUGAAGUGACUGCCGCACUAGCGACGGCUGCACCACAAUCCAGGUAUUACACACACACAAAACAAAAAGAGUAAUAAUGAUAACUUAGAUAUUUGUAUCGUCGCGUUGUUCUUCAUGGUGUUCUUUUGUUACGGUUCAGUUUUGCAAACGAAUGCAUAAUCUACGUGGUAAAUAUCGAUGCGAGUACAAGUACACCAAUUGAUGUAAUUCUUGUUUCCCCCAAAAAAAGUAACAAAAACAAGUUUAUUAUGAGAUCCACUCGAUGUGACUAAAUUAAGUGGUUGUUAAAUUAUGAAAUGAUGGUGCGACGGACGGGAUAGAUGAAAAAUUUACCAAAUCUCUUGGCACAUGACAAGGUUUAAUGAAAUUGUGCUUUUAUAUGUUGAUCAUAAAAAAUAUAUUAUAUUAUUAAGUAA